CCACUUUCUCAGCCUCGUCACACCAUCACCACUGCCUCUUCUCCUCCACACUUCCACCGUGGGACUAGUUGACCAUCCACAGGUAAGCACAGGCACACAACAUGCUGUGCGUCUGCGUGGGGCUCCUUGCUCUUUUCUCCCACGUCCUCCCUCAGGAGGCUCAGGAGCCCAUUUCUUAUUCUUGCACUGAGGGUUAUGAGUACGACACCGUGAGAGAACAGUGCAAAGACAUAGAUGAAUGUGUCCUGCUGCACGACGCCUGCAAAGGAGGCAUGCAGUGCAUCAACCACUUUGGGGGCUACCUCUGCCUCCCCAAAAGUGCCGUCAUAUUCACCAGUCAGGAGGGUGGUGAGGACAUGCACGCGCAGGAGCCCGCCCCCCCGGUGCCCGCCGUCCCGCCGAGCCAACCUCAGCACCCCAGGGUGUUUCCGGGCGGCCAGGGCAGGCACUCCGCAUCCAGCCGCGUGGUCCGCUGUGCCCCCGGGUACUCGGCGGAUGACCAGAACGUCUGCAGAGACAUAGAUGAGUGUGCGACAGGCCGAUACACUUGUGGCCCCGGGCAGGCCUGCUUCAACACCAGGGGCUCGUACAGCUGCCAGUGUCCUGCAGGCUACCAGAGGAACAGAGACCAAUGUGUAGACGUAGACGAGUGCACGCUGUCCAACUACUGCAUGCACACCUGUGUGAACACUCAGGGCUCGUACUACUGUGAAUGCAACACAGGGCACCAGUUGACCAGCAACAACCACAGUUGUGUUGAUGUCAACGAGUGCGACACGCAGAAUCCAUGUCAGCACCAAUGCUACAACCUGAUUGGCUCCUUCAUGUGCCAGUGCGACCCGGGGCACGAGCGGGCCCCCGACAGGGUCUCCUGCCAAGACAUCGACGAGUGCAGCUUCUCCAACUACAUGUGCCAGUACCAGUGCAUCAACACUCCAGGGAGUUACUCCUGCGAGUGCCCUGAAGGAUACCAGCUGCAGGGCAACAGGUUGUGUCAAGAUGUCAACGAGUGUGAGACGGGGACGCAUAACUGCCAAGAGGGGGAGAUGUGUUGGAACUACUACGGAGGCUUCCGCUGCUAUCCCAGAAACCCCUGCGAGACGCCCUACACCCAAACGUCAGAAAACCGCUGCGUCUGCCGCUCCCAGACGGAGUGCCACAGUCUCCCGCCGUCCAUCGUCUACAAGUACAUGAGCAUCCAGGCGGAGCGCCCCGUGCCUGCUGACAUCUUCCAGAUUCAAGCCACCAAUAUCUACGCCAACACCCACAACACCUUCCGGAUCAAAGCUGGGAACGAGGCAGGAGACUUCUUUCUGCGGCGUUCCAGCAACGUGAGCGCCAUGCUGGUGCUCACCAAGCCUCUGCCAGGCCCCCGGGAGUACGUGGUGGACUUGGAGAUGAUCACGCAGCACCUGACCAUGAAUUAUCGCUCCAGCUCCCUGCUCAGGCUCACCGUCAUCGUCGGGGCGUACGCCUUCUGAGCGCCGCGGCGACGACGGCGAGAGUAGCGCAGCCAAUGUCUGUUUCCGCCUAGCGUACUGUACGUUUCCUUUAGGCUACAUUAUAGCGCUUAUAAUGGGAGAGGCUGUCGGCGGCACAACACUUACAGUGAGCUCCUCUUUUUCUGCAUGAUGACGAUGAUGAUGACGAUGAUGAUGAUUCGGGUGAAGUCGAAAGAGAGCGCUUAACCAUUUUUACAAGAAAAAAAACGACUUCAGAGUCGAGAAUUUUGUUCAAAUUACGGAAACAUACAGUACAGGCCAAAAGAUUGGACACACCUUCUCCUCAUUCAAUGCCUUUUCUUUAUUUUCAUGACUAUUUACAUUGUAGAUUGUCACUGAAGGCAUCAAAAACAGCAACAAAAAAGGUGAAAUAGCUGUUUUGUAUUAUAGUUUCUUCAAAAUAGCCACCCUUUGUUCUGAUUACUGCUUUGCACACUCUUGGCAUUCUCUCGAUGAGCGCCAAGCACACCUGUGAAGUGAAAACCAUGUCAGGUGACUACCUCUUGAAGCUCAUCGAGAGAAUGCUAAGAGUGUGCGAAAAAGUAAUCAGAGCAAAGGGUGGCUAUUUUGAAGAAACUAAAUAUUUAAUUUUUUUACUGUUGUGGUGAUACAAAAUAUUUACACAUUUUAGAUAAUAAAGUAUACAAAUGUAGGGUUAUCUUGUACAUUAAAUGCAUUUUUGAAAUAAUUAUUAAGGUAGGUUUUCCAAAAAAUAUUUAAUUUUUUAUCGUUGUGGUGAUAAGAAAAUUUAGAUAAUAAAGUAUAAAAAUGUACAAUUUACUGAAAAUGUCCUGUAAAUUAAAUAUGUUUUUUAAAUGAUACUGAUAUUAUUAUUCAGGUGGGUUUUCAAAAAUUAUUUAAUUUGUUAUUAUUGUGCUGAUAAAAAAAAAAAAAAAAAAUUAUAGAGUUUACUGAAAAUAGCUUGCAAAAUAAAUCUGUUUUUAAUUAUUGUCGUUCUCAUUUAGGUUGGUUUUACAAAAAGUAUUUAAUUUAUUAUUGUUGUGGUGAUAAAAAUGAUACAAUAUUUUAAAUAUUAAAAAUGGUCCCUAGUGUGUGAAUGUGAGUGUGAAUGUUGUCUGUCUAUCUCUGUUGGCCCUGGGAUGAGGUGGCGACUUGUCCAGGGUGUACCCCGCCUUCCGCCUGUGUGCAGCUGGGAUCGGCUCUAGCAACCCCCGCGACCCCGAAAGGGACAAGCGGUAGAAAAUGGAUGGAUGGAUGUAUAGAAUAUAAAACAUGUUUUCAGUUAUUUCACCUUUUUUUUGUUAAGUACAUAACUCCACAUGUGUUCAUGCAUUGUUGUGAUGCCUUCAGGGACAAUCUACAAUGUAAACAGUCAUGAAAAUAAAGAAAACGCAUUGAAUGAGAAGGUGUGUCCAAACGUUUGGACUGCAAGUACGAAUGUGCUAAUCGGAUCAGAUCCAGAUUCAACCGGGUUUGAUAUGAAAACUUUUGCCCUGAGAAGCCACAGAGAAAAGCAUCUAAAUAUGUUAAGUGAUCAUUUCCAUUGCGAAUGAAAAUGACUUUGAAAAGUGCAAACAGAAUCAGUGUUGCAUUCUGAUUAUAAUUUUUUUUAACUAGGAUCCAAUCCGGAUUAAACCUGAUUUAAUAUUAAGUGCUUCUGAUACUUCGUAAUUCUCUAAAAUUUUGGUCACUUCCAAUUAGAAUUGACAUCGAUAUACAGCAGUGUAAGUAGAUUCAAUUUGAAUUGCUUUCUUAUUUGCCCCCAAGAUUAGAUCUGGAUUUGAUUUAGUUUGUUUACAUAGCGUUCAAGACUGCAUUGCCAUCGAAAUGUUAGAACUGACAGAGGGAUACGCACCUAAAAUGUGAAGUGAAGUGUUACAUUGUAAUUAUAAAAAGUGUAACUAGGAUCCAAUCCGGAUUAUACCUGUUAAAGCUUCUGAUCCUUCAUAAAUCUCUAAGAUUUUGCUCACUUCCAAUAAGAAUUGAUAUCGAUAUACAGUAAUGUAAGUAGAGUAAAUUUGAAUUGCUUUUUAAUUUGCCACCAGGAUUAGAUUUGGAUUUGAUUUAGUUUGUUUACAUAGCGUUCAAGACUGCAUUGCAAUUUAGUUUCAAGUCUUUUUAGAAUUGACAGAGGGAUACGCACCUAAAAUGUGAAGUGAAAAUUUGCAUUGUGUUUAUAAAAAGUGUAACAAGGAUCCAAUCCAGAUUAAACCUGGUUUAUAUUAAAGCUUCUGAUUCUUCACAAGUCUCUAAGAUUUUGCUCACUUCCAAUAAGAAUUGUAAUUGAUAUACAGUAGUGUAAGUGUAGGUGUAGAUUUCUAAUUUGCCACCAGGAUUGGAUCUGGAUUUGGUUUAGUUUGUUUACAUAGCGUUCAAGACUGCAUUCCCAUCUACAAUUAGUUUCAAGUCUUUUUAGAAUUGAAAGAGGGAUACGCACCUAAAAUUGAAGUGAAGUGUUGCAUUCUAAUUAUAAAAAGUGUAACAAGGAUCCAAUCCAGAUUAAACCUGGUUUUGAAUUAAAGUUUUGGAUCUUCCAUAAAUCUCUAAAAUUGUGCCCAAUUCCACUAAGAAUUAAUACAUAUAUACAGUAAUGUAAAUAGAGAAAAUUUGAAUUGCUUUUUAAUUUGCAACCAGGAUUAGAUCUGGAUUUGAUUUAGUUUGUUUACAUAGCGUUCAAGACUGCAUUGCAACUUAGUUUCAAGUAUUUUUAGAAUUGACAGAGGGAUACGCAACUUAAAUGUGAAGUGUUGCAUUCUGAUUAUAAAAAGUGUAACUAGGAUCCAAUCCGGAUGAAACCUGGUUUGAUAUUAAAGCUUCUGAUCCUUCACAUGUCUCUAAGAUUUUGCUCACUUCCAAUAAGAAUUGUAAUCGAUAUACAGUAGUGUAAGUAGAUUUCAUUUAAAUUGCUUUCUAAUUUGCCUCCAGGAUUGGAUCUGGAUUUGAUUUAGUUUGUUUACAUAGCGUGCAAGACUGCAUUGCCAUCUAAACUUAGUUUCAAGUCUUUUUAGAAUUGACAAAGGGAAACGCACUUAAAAUGUGAAGUGAGGUGUUACAUUAUGAUUAUAAAAAGUGUAACAAGGAUCCAAUCCGGAUCAAACCUGGUUUAAUAUUAAAGCUUCUGAUCUCUAAAAUUUUGCUCACUUCCAAUAAGAAUUUAUAUAGAUAAACAGUAGUUUAAGUAGAUUCAAAUUGAAAUGCUUUCAUAUUUGCCACCAGGAUUGGACCUGGAUUUGACUUUGUCUGUUUACACCGCGUUCAAGACUGCUUUGCCAUCUCAAAGCGUCCGAUCUUUCCUAAACAUUUAACAGUUUGCUCAAUUCCAUUAAUAAUGGACGUAGAUAAACUAUAUGUUCAUGUUAAAUAGAAUUACUGUACAUUUUAUGCGCUAGACUGCUUAAACAUCUACCGGUAAUCUUAUUCAAAGUGGAUCAAAUUUAACGAAAUAAUUAUUUAGAUCUGAAUUUGAUAUAGCUUGUUUACAUAGCGUUCAAGACUGCAUUGCAACUUAGUUUCAAGUCUUUUUAGAAUUGACAGAGGGAUAUGCACCUAAAAUGUGAAGUGUUGCAUUCUGAUGAUAAAAAGUGUAACUAGGAUCCAAUCCGGAUUAAACCUGGUUUGAUAUUAAAGCUUCUGAUCCUUCAUAAAUCACUAAGAUUUUGCUCACUUCCAAUAAGAAUUUUAAUCGAUAUACAGUAGUGUAAGUAGAUUGAAUUUAAAUUGCUUUCUAAUUUGCCACCAGAUUGGAUCUGGAUUUGGUUUAGUUUGUUUACAUAGUGUUCAAGACUGCAUUGCUAUCUACAAUUAGUUUCAAGUGUUUUUAGAAUUGACAGAGGAAUACGCACCUACAAAAUGUUACAUUCUAAAUAUAAAAAGUGUAACAAGGAUCCAAUCCAGAUUAAACCUGGUUUAGAAUUAAAGUUUUGGAUCCUCCAUAAAUCUCUAAAAUUCUGCCCAAUUCCACUAAGAAUUGAUACAUAUAUACAGUAAUGUAAAUAGAGUAAAUUUGAAUUGCUUUUUAAUUUGCAACCAGGAUUAGAUCUGGAUUUAAUUUAGUUUGUUUACAUAGCGUUCAAGACUGCAUUGCAACUUAGUUUCAAGUCUUUUUAGAAUUGACAGAGGGAUACGCUCCUAAAAUGUGAAGUGUUGCAUUCUGAUUAUAAAAAGUGUAACUAGGAUCCAAUCCGGAUUAAACCUGGUUUGAUAUUAAAGCUUCUGAUCCUUCACAAGGCACUAAGAUUUUGCUCACUUCCAAUACUAAUUGAUAUAGACAUACAGUAGUGUAAGUAGAUUCCAUUUGAAUUGCUUUCCUAUUUCAUAUCAGGAUUGGAUCCGGAUUUGACUUUGUCUGUUUACACCGCGUUCAAGACUUCUUUGCCAUCUCAAAGCGUCCGAUCUUUCCUAAACAUUUAACAGUUUGCUCAAUUCCAUUAAUAAUGGACGUAGAUAAACUAUAUGUUCAUGUUAAAUAGAAUUACUGUACAUUUUAUGCGCUAGACUGCUUAAACAUCUACCGGUGAUCUUAUUCAAAGUGGAUCAAAUUUAACGGAAUAAUUAUUUAGAUCUGGAUUUUAUUUAGCUUGUUUACAUAGCGUUCAAGACUGCAUUGCAACUUAGUUUCAAGUUUUUUUACAAUUGACAGAGGGAUACGCACCUAAAAUGUGAAGUGUUGCAUUCUGAUUAUAAAAAGUGUAACUAGGAUCCAAUCCGGAUUAAACCUGGUUUGAUAUUAAAGCUUCCAAUCCUUCGCAAGUCACUAAGAUUUUGCUCACUUCCAAUAAGAAUUGAUAUAGACAUACAGUAGUGUAAGUAGAUUCAAUUGGAAUUGCUUUCCUAUUUCAUAUCAGUAUCGGAUCUGGAUUUGACUUUGUCUGUUUACACCGCGUUCAAGACUGCUUUGCCAUCUCAAAGCGUCCGAUCUUUCCUAAACAUUUAACAGUUUGCUCAAUUCCAUUAAUAAUGGACGUAGAUAAACUAUAUGUUCAUGUUAAAUAGAAUUACUGUACAUUUUAUGCGCUAGACUGCUUAAACAUCUACCGGUGAUCUUAUUCAAAGUGGAUCAAAUUUAACGGAAUAAUUAUUUAGAUCUGGAUUUUAUUUAGCUUGUUUACAUAGCGUUCAAGACUGCAUUGCAACUUAGUUUCAAGUCUUUUUAGAAUUGACAGAGGGAUACGCACCUAAAAUGUGAAGUGUCGCAUUCUGAUUAUAAAAAGUGUAACUAGGAUCCAAUCCGGAUUAAACCUGGUUUGAUAUUAAAGCUUCUGAUCCUUCACAAGGCACUAAGAUUUUGCUCACUUCCAAUACUAAUUUAUAUAGACAUACAGUAGUGUAAGCAGAUUCCAUUUGAAUUGCUUUCCUAUUUCAUAUCAGGAUUGGAUCCGGAUUUGACUUUGUCUGUUUACACCGCGUUCAAGACUUCUUUGCCAUCUCAAAGCGUCCGAUCAUUCCUAAACAUUUAACAGUUUGCUCAAUUCCAUUAAAAAUGGACGUAGAUAAACUAUAUGUUCAUGUUAAAUAGAAUUACUGUACAUUUUAUGCGCUAGACUGCUUAAACAUCUACCGGUGAUCUUAUUCAAAGUGGAUCAAAUUUAACGGAAUAAUUAUUUAGAUCUGGAUUUUAUUUAGCUUGUUUACAUAGCGUUCAAGACGGCAUUGCAACUUAGUUUCAAGUCUUUUUAGAAUUGACAGAGGGAUACGCACCUAAAAUGUGAAGUGUCGCAUUCUGAUUAUAAAAAGUGUAACUAGGAUCCAAUCCGGAUUAAACCUGGUUUGAUAUUAAAGCUUCCGAUCCUUCACAAGUCACUAAGAUUUUGCUCACUUCCAAUAAGAAUUGAUAUAGACAUACAGUAGUGUAAUUAGAUUCAAUUGGAAUUGCUUUCCUAUUUCAUAUCAGGAUCGGAUCCGGAUUUGACUUUGUCUGUUUACACCGCAUUCAAGACUUCUUUGCCAUCUCAAAGCGUCCGAUCUUUCCUAAACAUUUAACAGUUUGCUCAAUUCCAUUAAUAAUGGACGUAGGUAAACUAUAUGUUCAUGUUAAAUAGAAUUACUGUACAUUCUAUGCGCUAGACUGCUUAAACAUCUACCGGUGAUCUUAUUCAAAGUGGAUCAAAUUUAACGGAAUAAUUAUUUAGAUCUGGAUUUAAUUUAGUUUGUUUACAUAGCGUUCAAGACUGCAUUGCAACUUAAUUUCAAGUCUUUUUAGAAUUGACAGAGGGAUGCGCUCCUAAAAUGUGAAGUGUUGCAUUCUGAUUAUAAAAAGUGUAACUAGGAUCUAAUCCGGAUUAAACCUGGUUUGAUAUUGAAGCUUCUGAUCCUUCAUAAAUCACUAAGAUUUUGCUCACUUCCAAUAAGAAUUGUAAUCGAUAUACAGUAGUGUAAGUAGAUUGAAUUUAAAUUGCUUUGUAAUUUGCCACCAGAUUGGAUCUGGAUUUGGUUUAGUUUGUUUACAUAGUGUUCAGGACUGCAUUGCUAUCUACAAUUAGUUUCAAGUCUUUUUAGAAUUGACAGAGGAAUACGCACCUACAAUGUGUUACAUUCUGAUUAUAAAAAGUGUAACAAGGAUCCAAUCCAGAUUAAACCUGGUUUAGAAUUAAAGUUUUGGAUCCUCCAUAAAUCUCUAAAAUUCUGCCCAAUUCCACUAAGAAUUGAUACAUAUAUACAGUAAUGUAAAUAGAGUAAAUUUGAAUUGCUUUUUAAUUUGCCACCAGGAUUAGAUCUGGAUUUACUUUAGUUUGUUUACAUAGCGUUCAAGACUGCAUUGCAACUUAGUUUCAAAUCUUUUUAGAAUUGACAGAGGGAUACGCUCCUAAAAUGUGAAGUGUCGCAUUCUGAUUAUAAAAAGUGUAACUAGGAUCCAAUCCGGAUUAAACCUGGUUUGAUAUUAAAGCUUCUGAUCCUUCACAAGGCACUAAGAUUUUGCUCACUUCCAAUACUAAUUGAUAUAGACAUACAGUAGUGUAAGUAGAUUCCAUUUGAAUUGCUUUCCUAUUUCAUAUCAGGAUUGGAUCCGGAUUUGACUUUGUCUGUUUACACCGCGUUCAAAACUUCUUUGCCAUCUCAAAGCGUCCGAUCUUUCCUAAACAUUUAACAGUUUGCUUAAUUCCAUUAAUAAUGGACGUAGAUAAACUAUAUGUUCAUGUUAAAUAGAAUUACUGUACAUUUUAUGCGCUAGACUGCUUAAACAUCUACCGGUGAUCUUAUUCAAAGUGGAUCAAAUUUAACGGAAUAAUUAUUUAGAUCUGGAUUUUAUUUAGCUUGUUUACAUAGCGUUCAAGACUGCAUUGCAACUUAGUUUCAAGUCUUUUUAGAAUUGACAGAGGGAUAUACUCCUAAAAUGUGAAGUGUUGCAUUCUGAUUAUAAAAAGUGUAACUAGGAUCCAAUCCGGAUUAAACUAGGUUUGAUAUUAAAGCUUCCGAUCCUUCGCAAGUCACUAAGAUUUUGCUCACUUCCAAUUAGAAUUGAUAUAGACAUACAGUAGUGUAAGUAGAUUCAAUUGGAAUUGCUUUCCUAUUUCAUAUCAGUAUCGGAUCUGGAUUUGACUUUGUCUGUUUACACCGCGUUCAAAACUUCUUUGCCAUCUCAAAGCGUCCGAUCUUUCCUAAACAUUUAACAGUUUGCUCAAUUCCAUUAAUAAUGGACGUAUAUAAACUAUAUGUUCAUGUUAAAUAGAAUUACUGUACAUUUUAUGUGCUAAACUGCUUAAACAUCUUAUUCAAAGUGGAUCAAAUUUAACGGAAUCAUUAUUUUAUGUCGCUAAUCAUCCGUGUCUAUUUUGUUGCCAAUGCAAGCAAAGCAUUGAGGCUACUUUCAGAUGAAAACUUGUGAUGACAAUUGUCAAAAGAGUUAUCAUCAUCAUCAUCAUUUGUGUACCGUUGUGCUCAUGAGCAACAAUUUCCCAGAAAACUUCUGUGUGUGUGUGUGUGUGUGUGUGUGUGUGUAUGUGUGUGUGUGUGUGUGUGUGUGUGUGUGUGUGUGUGUGUGUGUGUGUGUGUGUGUGUGUGUGUGUGUGUGUGUGUGUGUGUUAGGUGGGUAAGAGUGGCCUCAAAAAGGUGCUUUUAAUGUGGUGGAGCUGUUUUUAGCACAUUUCACUGAUGCACUCUUAAUAGGCCGGCCGGGCGAGCCAAUAACAGCCAACCCGGAGAAGCACGCACAGGAAAUUUGGACUUUGGUAACACAACCUGUUCUGGAACAAGACCGCCUUUUGGGCCUCACGGUGAAGGAGUCACACUGGCACCAUUGCCGGCGUUGCGUGAUGGCGGUAAUUACAGCGCCGCGGCCCCAACGCGGAUUCAUUAGUGCAAAUAUCAGCCCACCCUCUCUGUUUGUUUGUCAGAGUGUAACUACUAACAUCUUCUAAACUUUUAUUUGACUUGCUUUAAUGUGUUCAGCAGCCAAUUGUGCCUUAGGGAGAGCGCCAGAACAAAAUCCCAACAAAUAACAGCACUAAUCCAAUCAUUCACGCUUUCAAUAUAUUGUUUAUACGUAUCAUUUUUGUCUCUUUUAUAUUUAAGAUAUAUUUUUAAUGUGUAUCUUGUAUCAAAUUUUUGUACCCCGAAGAGUGUGUGUGUGUGUGUGUAUUUGUGUGUGUGUGUGGGGCAGGGGUUACAUUGUGGAAUAAAGUAUGAAUU